AUUUGGAUUAGCGUGCUGUACAACACAUAGCUAGCUACCGGUAUUUCGGGUGGAAUUUCGGAGUGGCUUCUUGCUCGCGCAUUUGCGCUUUCCUCGCGUUCCGCAGCUAAACUUGGAGAGCUCCAUGCAGUCGCGAAGGGAGAGGAGAGAAGUGCGACCCCGUGCUGGAUGGAUGGUUAUGGGGAAAGGAGCAGGAGGACCUUCGGCGCUUGAAGUCGGCAAGAUCCUUGUUGUGUUUCUUUGCCUGUUUCCUUCUGUGAGUCUGCAGUGUAAGAUCCUCAAGUGUAACUCAGAGUUUUGGGCCUCCACCUCAAGCUCCGGCCCGGAGGAGGAGUUCUGUACUGCGCUGCGGGCGUACAACAACUGUGUACGCCGCACCGCACGCACCUGCAGAGGCGACUUAGCCUACCACUCAGCCCAACAUGGCAUAGAGGAUCUCAUGAGCCAGAACAACUGCUCCAAGGAGGGGCCUACAACUCAGCCUCGAGCCCGGACCCCUGCUCCACCACCACAGCUACAGCCUGACAGCCAGGAGCGCUCCGAUGGGCCAGAGCAGUGUCAUUACGAACGCAGCCUUCAUCGCCAAUCCUCGCCACCCAACUACACCCACUGUGGCUUCUUUGGAGACCCGCACCUCCGUACUUUCAGCGAUGACUUCCAGACCUGCAAAGUGGAGGGAGCCUGGCCACUUAUCCAUAACAAAUACCUGUCUGUUCAGGUGACCAACACACCUGUCGUGCCUGGCUCCUCUGCUACGGCCACCAGCAAGUUGACAAUCAUCUUUAAGAACUUCCAGGAGUGUGUGGACCAGAAGAUGUAUCAUGCAGAGACAGACGAGCUGCCUGCAGCAUUCGCCGAUGGCUCCAAGAACGGCGGAGACCGCCACGGGGCCAACACGCUACGCAUCGUGGAGAAGGUGCCUGGGCAGCAGGUGGAGAUCCACGCACGCUACAUCGGUACAACCAUUGUGGUCCGGCAGGUGGGGCGAUACCUGACCUUUGCUGUGCGGAUGCCAGAGGAAGUAGUGAACUCUGUAGAAGACCGAGACAACCAGGACCUGUACCUCUGCCUGCACGGCUGCCCCGCCAACCAACGCAUCGACUUCAGGACAUUCAGGGCCCGUGCAGUGGAGGGCCACGGCCUGAGCAGGACUGGCAGCCCUCCCCAUGGGUUUACCUACAAGGCUGCCAUGGCUAAGUGUAAAGAGCGCCUCCCAGUGGAGGACCUGUACUUCCAGUCCUGUGUGUUCGACCUGCUUUCCUCUGGGGACGUCAACUUCACCAUGGCUGCCUACUAUGCCUUUGAGGAUGUGAAAAUGCUCCACUCCAACAAGGACAAAUACCACAUUUAUGAAAAGGAUGCAUUUGGGAGUAAUGCGGCGCCAAGGGGAUCAGAUGUGUUCUCGCUAGUCCUCCUCAACUUUCUGGCUGUGUUGUACAUCUAUAGUCCCCUGCCAACAUCAUGCUCAUUAUGCUAGCUGUCAGUGGGUGUGAAACAGUGCUCUCACCGUGUCAUACUUCACCACCACUGCUCUGUCCUCAGUGGCUGGUGGCCAGUGGAGUCCGCAAGCCCUUCCAUGCCUCUGCGGGGACAGAGCAGCCCAUGUGCAAUCAAACUCAUCCCAGCCAUGGUUUCAUCAUUGUUUUGUUGUUGUCAUCAUGUGUUGACUUCCAUCUGGUGGUGAGGUGAGCUCUAUGUGCUCCCACCUAUCAUUACAUUCAUUCUGCUGGUUUAAGGACUGGUCCUUUGAUGAAGGGGAGCGGUGGUGAGUGAGGAGAGCCCAGGAGCCCCAGUACUUUGGAUAUCAAGCUGGGAUUAAAUCCCACGUUCCCACUGGGACUGCAUGCGCCUAUGGGAAGCGAGAUGAGAUUAUCUCUUGCAGAAAGAACCUCACUGGUUCCAAGCCAGUGGAGCUCCCUGUGGCUCAUGGGUAUGGGCUAGACGACAUGACAGGGGCUUUUGUUAACCUCUGGCCAGAAGUAGCUCCCUGUUUGAUGAUCUUCCAGCUUUGGAAAAGCUGUAGCUUUUUGGAGGAAGCUCUCAGCCAAAAGGAUGUCAGAGCAGCGAGUCUAGUUGUCUGCUGUGGAGAUUAAUAGGUCAUAACGCCAGGUCUUUUGUAACAUUGUGUGUUUGUUUGUCUGUCUGUGUGUGUGUGUGUGUGUGUGUGCGUGCGCACCUCUGUGGUUAAUUGUGUGCUCCAGAAACGGUUGUGAGUGAGAGUGAGUGUUACUCAAAAGUGCAAGAAAUCUUUCCUUGGGAGAAAUAUUUCUUAAUGUUGUUAUAUUGCACCCCAGGUUCUAAUAUAGAACCGUCAUGGUGGUCUAGAGUCAGUUGAAACUGCCUCUGCCUGCCAAGUGGUUACUUCUAAGUGAACUGGCAGACGGUAAAAAAAUAUUUUCCCAACUUUUUACCUGUCAAUCAGUGUCAAAAAGACUUAGUUCAAAUAUUGCCGUUUUAAAGUGUUAAGUAUGAUAAAUGUAUUUUUUUGUAUCAGGUCUAAUUAGGAAUGGAGAUGUUCAUAAGGAAAAAGCCCUGAACAAAUUCUACCAAGGGCACACAAUGCAGAAACGCAGAUCACGUUUACACAGUAUCUCUCUUCAUUCAACCAACCAACUUUCAUGUACAAUGUAUCAUAGCCAAGAAAUUGUUUUCUACUGAUCAUUUGUUUCUUGUCUAGGCAGUCAACAGUUCCCUGCAGAUGUAGGUAUAUUGGCAAUGUGAUGGGUUUGAGAAAGGUAUAGUCACACUAGGUUAAAAUAAAAUGUUUUCCCACCCGUGGUGUGCUUCCACCAAAUGGACUUGUUGCGGAUACAAAUCAGUGUGAUGACGUAGUGCACACAAAAUGUACUUUAAGUUCAAUUUGUUUCCAUUGUAUUUUCAAUUCUACCGAUAGUUUUGUCACAAAUUGUAGAAAAUGUAUCUAUUCUGGUCUUGACACAUGCGCUCUAGCCAACAGCUGGCAGAUACAGUGCGGGUAGGCUUGUCUACAUUGACAUUAUUAUGGAUAAGAGCAAGAAUAUUUGUCAAAUGGCAGUCAAGCAUCAAUCAUCAUGUCACCAGAUCCUCAACAUUUAUUGGAAAGGAGCAUCAAGCUCAUCACCGUGCACUUUCAUCACCCUGUGAAGUUCAUUUAUUUCAUCUGUCGUCUAAUAAGCGGCAUUGUUUCCCUAGUCGGAGGACUCACCAUAUCAUCACGUGACUCCAAGUUCUACGAUAUGAUGGUUAUUCUAUUAAUAUUUGCGCAUAAAGGGGUUUCCACUGCCAUUUCUCGCAUAAUUAAUUUUACCAACACAAAAAGAUCCCACCAUGUUGAAUGAACAAAUUAUUUAUCGGCAUUUAUAAAGUUGUACCAAAGCCUCCUGUUUCUAACACCACUGUCGUGAUUUGUUUUAUACGGUAUGAUUUUACCCACAUAAAAACUGUGGAUGGAAACGUGGUUUACUGACCACUGUAGAGAGCAGGCCCUGUACGUAAAAGAGGGUGUUGACAUGGCUCCGCUAUAGGGAACGUACAACUUGCAUCUGUCUGUAGACCUGUUCAUUUAUGGCUUUAAUCUUUGCCAAAGAACAAGCCCUGGUGCCAACAAUUUUCCCAACAGCUGAAUUUUCACUUCUCUCUUUCUCUGUGAACUUUUCUGAUUAACGUUUCCAUUUGGAUUGUGUAGAACGCUGGUGCUACUACUUGAACUUAGUGGAUUGACUUAUUCAGCGCAGUAUGGUAAAUAAGCUGUCAGUUUCUGGUUUUGAAUUUGAUCUUCUGUCAUAUGUGAAAUGCAUGCAGCUACAGCAGUGGAGGCUGGUGGGAUGAGUUUUAUAAGAGGACCGGCUCAUUUUAACAGCUGAAAUGGAAUCAAUGGAAAUGAGUCAAACGCAUGGUUUCUAAAUGUUAAUUGUUUAAUGCCGUUCCAUUUAUUCCAUUCAGUGGUGUAAAUUACUUAAGUAAAACGCUUUAGUACUACUUAAGUCGUUUUUGUGGUAUCUGUAUUUUACUAUUUAUAUUUUUGACAACUUUUACUUCACUACAUUCUUGAAGAAAAU